GAAUGACUUAAUGGCAUAAUCAUUUGUGGUUUUAUGGCUAACCUCUACGCACUCGAGCCGACUCGAUUCCAUUAAUUCGAAAGGAAUGGCAGCCGCUGCAGCGAAGAACUGGUCGGGACUGGUGAAUCUUUGCCUGGGCCACGAGCGUGAGAAGAGGCCGGCAAGCAGCCAGCGCGGAUCGCUGACCAAGUCCCAUAUGGGCGUUUCCUUGCCGAUGGGUGGUGCUCCGGCAGCCAAGCCCACCAUGCGGUUCAUGCCCACCUACCGCCUGGAGUCCAAGAAUCCGCUCAACAAGGAGCGCGUGGAGAACAUCAUUAAGGCGGUGAUGAACCGACACUACAACGACGAGUACAUGUUCCAUCCCAAGCACUCCCUUCACAUGGCCGCGCAAGUGAGCGAGGAAAUCAAGAACCGCAUCAAACUCGACAACUACGACAGAUAUCGCUACAUAGUGCUGGUCACUGUGGGCGAGUUCCUGAUGCAGGGCCUCUACUCCAUGGUCAACUUCCUGUGGGAUGCUGAAAAAGACGGAUUUGUGACCUACAGCGUGGAGAGACCGUCGUACUUUGCGGUCUGCACCACCUUUUACCUGUACUACGAUUAAAAACGCGAUUCCAGGACCCUGACGCGUUCCACUUGAUGGUUCACUUUCUUCCACACUUGCUUGCACUGUAACUCACAACUCACAUUUUUAACACGUAGGAUGCGAUAGGUGUCGUUUAUUUGGAUAUCAGUACAAUAGUUUGAUAUAAUAUUUUGUUGAAUCAUAAAUUACUCUCGAACAUCCGUCUAAUGAUGCAAGACAACUGCGUUUGAUCGUUAUUACUACCUCUGAGUGUACUGAGUGUACGAUUGGUAUAUAUAAAUAAUAGAUUUGCGAACACACGCAUACACAGCACAUGCACUGGGUGAACUGCUCGGAUUGGAUUAUCAUUGUGUAUAAACUGAUCUUGGUCCGUGGAAUGACACUUGAACUCACUGAAGCAAAUGUAGCAUGAAUGCUUGCAUAAAUUAUAAACAAAACACUAUUCUUAUUCUUAUUCUUCUGUUGAGCGCAGCCACAAGAAAACCAAUGUAACAAUUGCCAAACCAAAUCAAACAGCAUAGACAUUUUGGAGCAAAUGCUACACGACGUUCUCUCUUCGGAUGGAAGACGGAUAUUGAUCGGGGAUCGGAACACGACAUGGAAUCGCCAGCCACUUACACGCACCCAGCGGCCAGAAACACCAAAGAACCUCUUGGAGAUCGAGGGGAACUGAAACUCAGCUGGAGUUAAGCACUUCGCACUGAUUGGGAAAUUGCACUGCAAACAACUUCUGGAGCCACUUCGCAGUCUUAUUUUGGACCCAACUGGACAAUCAGACCACUACUGGGCGCACUUUUGGUCGCACUGCCUUCUCGUCAUCGAACACAAACGAAA